UUUUUUUUUCAUUUUUCUCUUCCAAGUGCACUAGUUAAACAAACAGAAAAAGAAAGUUUUCGUUUACUGAUAAGUAAUCAAUUUGACGACAUUAAAUGAAAAUCUUCUAUUAAAUAACCUUAAUCUGUGUACAAAGUGUUAAAACAACAACAUGUUGACUCAACUUCUUAAAGAUUCUUACGAAUUAAUAGAUAAAUACAAUAUUCAUAUAGUGAAUACAAUUUUCAUUGGUUUCACUAUAAUAAUUGUGCUGUUGGGUAGUCUAAUGAAUCUGGUGGAACCGUUGCUACCAACAUUUAUCAGACAAUCUUAUCGCUAUGGCAAACACUGUCACAAGGGCACAGAAGAUAAAUUGGUAUCAAAAAUGGAGGUGCCCAAGUCAUGGUUUGCACACUUUUAUGUGUUUGCCUUCAGCUGGUCCAUGUUGGCUUUAUAUCUGGUACUUAAAGGUAUAAUAAUGCAUAUGGAAGCACCCGAAUAUGUAUUAGAGUUUUUAGAUUUUGUGGCUGGCGGUGCGGCAAAUCGUAAAGUUUUAAUCGAUUCGAAUAGUGCUUUAGUGGCCAGUGUAUUGAUGACUUUACAAUGUGGCCGGCGUUUCUAUGAGACGAACUUUGUGCAAAUAUUCUCCAAGAAGAGCAAAAUUAAUUUAUCCCAUUAUUUAGUGGGUUAUUUGCAUUAUUUUGGUGCCAUAUUGGCUUUGCUGAGUAAUACCGAAGGUUUUGUUAGAGGCUCUACCCCCUCUACCUUUAGCUUUGCCAAAAUUUCCAUACUUCAGUAUAUUUGCAUUUUCUUGUUCCACUUCAGUUGGUCACAACAGUACAAGUCAAAUAUGAUUUUAGUUAAUUUGCGUAAAGAUGCUAAAACCGGUCAAGUAGCUACUGAAAAACAUCUUUUGCCUUCAGGUGGUUUCUUCAAUUUCAUUUCAUCGCCUCAUAUGUUCUUUGAAAUACUAAUGUAUGUUGUUUUAUUGGGUCUUUUGGGUCAGAGUUUCACUUGGAAAUUAGUUGUUGUAUGGGUGUUAAGUAAUCAGAUCAUGAAUGCUUUGUUGACUCACCAAUGGUAUAAAGAAAACUUUAAAAAUUAUCCCAAAAUUAGGAAGGCCUUAAUUCCUUUUAUUUUAUAAAGGAAGACAGUGAGUUGGGUGUAAUAUAUUGAGACACAUUUUUUUUUAUCAACAUCAUAUCACAUUCUAUUUAGACAAAAACUGUAACUUAUUUAUGUAUAAAUGUAAUUUUAUGAGAUUAAAUAAAUUAAAUUAAGACAGAAA